AUGAGAAUUUCAGGACUGAAAUUCUUCUGUUCUUCUGUGAAAUCUGUCUCACUGUAUGAUCUGAGACCAUCUGCUGCAUAUACAAGCAAAUGUUAUCAGCUCAAAGAGUCGAAUACUGAGAAGAAAAGUGACUCUAAUGAUUUAUUAAUGUUGGGAUUGGCUCCUAGCGCUAGUACUCAGUAUUCGAAAGCUAGUCGGUUUUAUCCAAGUUUCUCAAGUAGGCUGGUGGGAAGUUCGGUCUUUCGAGGAAGUCUUUCUUUCGCUGGGGUCAGCCCUUUGAUCAGUCAUCGUUCAUUUUCAUCAUCGGCUAGUGAAGCUGCUAAAGGUAGCAUUGGCAGUGCAAGUAAUGGUGGUGCCGGUGGGGAAGAUUGGACUGCUAAAGUUAAGGAAAUGUGGGAAUCAACAGCUGAGGCAGCAAAAUUUACAGGGGAAAAGGCGAAAGAGGUGUCUGAUGAGGUGGUUCCUCAUGUUCAGCAGCUAUUUGAUGCUCAUCCUUAUCUUAGGGACGUAAUUGUCCCAGUGGGUGGUACCUUGGCUGGGACUUUAUUGGCUUGGUCUUUGUUGCCGAGGCUUUUCAAGCGUUUGCAUAAAUACACUGUGGAGGGCCCGGGCGCUCUCCUUUCAAAGAGCUCGAUAUGGGGACCUGUUCCUUACGAGAAAAGCUUUUGGGGCGCCUUGGAGGCUCCCGUUAGAUAUUUCAUUACAUUUAUGGCAUUCUUGCAAAUUGGUGAAAUGGUGGCCCCAACUGUUGUUGCCUCACAGUAUGUUGCACAGGCUUGGAGGGGUGCCCUUGUUGUUUCACUUGUCUGGUUUUUACAUAGAUGGAAAACAAAUGUUAUUACCCGGGCUUUGGCUACUCAGAGCUUAGAAGGGGUCCAGAGAGAUAAGCUGUUGACUUUGGACAAAAUUUCAUCUGUGGGACUUUUUGUUGUGGGCUCAAUGGCAUUUGCCGAGGCAUGUGGAGUCGCGGUCCAGUCUAUUCUGACAGUGGGAGGAAUAGGAGGAGUGGCUACUGCUUUUGCAUCUAAAGACAUACUUGGGAAUGUACUUAGUGGUCUUUCCGUACAGAUUUCACAGCCAUUUUCGAUUGGUGACACAAUUAAAGCUGGAUCGGUAGAAGGCCAAGUGGUGGAGAUGGGUCUUACAACUACUUCUCUGCUGACUGCCGAAAAAUUUCCAGUUGUUGUCCCGAAUUCACUGUUUGCCAGCCAGGUCAUUGUGAACAAAUCACGGGCCAAAUGGCGCUUCAUGCUCAGGAAAAUCCCUAUACGAACUGAAGACAUUGAUAAAAUUCCCCAAAUAUCGGACGAUAUAAAGUCAAUGCUGAAAUCUAAUGUGAAUGUGUUCUUGGAUAAGGAGCCUCCUUACUGUUAUUUGUCCCAUAUCGAGCGAUCGUAUGCAGAACUGACUCUCGGAUGCAAUCUUAAACAAAUGAACAAAGAUGCUGAGCAGAAUAUUCUUCUAGAAGCUGUGCGGAUCAUCCAACGGCAUGGGGCAAUGCUCGGAAGUACUCAAGAAGAGAGUAUCGUUUGA